AUGACUCAGAAAUCUGUGAAGGGGAGAGCAAUUACUGAUCGCCUAGCCUAUUGUUCACCAGAAGAAGCUGAAGAGAUCCAAGGAGACUUUUCGAAUGAAGACAUCAUGGGGAUUGAAGUAGAAUCAUGGAAGAUGUACUUUGAUGAAGCAACAAAUCAAAAUGGAAGUGGAAUUGAAGUUCUCUUAAUUUCUCAAAAAGGGACACACAUUCCAUUUUCUGGCAAACUCAAUUUCCCUGCCACCAACUACUCCACUAAAUAUGAAGCUUGCAUUAUGGGCCUACAAGCAACCCUAGGCCUUAGAGUAAGAGAAUUGGAGAAAUGGGUAUCAAAAUUCAACAAGAUUCAAUAUCAGUAUGUGCCAAGGAUGCAAAAUCAAAUUGUAGAUGCUUUAGCAACCAUGACAUUUAUGAUGGAUGGGCCAAAGGAAGAUGAAGCUAGACCGAUAGUGUUGGAACAAAACGAAGAACCAGCCUAUUGCAUGAUAAUAGAAGUAGAUGAGGAAAGGAAUGGAGAAGGUGAAUGGUAUUCAAACAUCCUACAAUAUCUCAAGGAUGGGACAUACCUGAAGUCUGCAGACAAGAAUGAUCAUUAA